AUGACUAAAGAGGAUCAGCAUCACUUAACAAUGAACUGCAAUCCAGAAAUAGCAGUCGAACAGACAACAUUGACAAGAAACUCCUCUCAGCAUGACGUGUCAAGCUCGUUUACAAUGGUUAAUAUCGCCUCACCAAAAGAAGAAGUGUCUAAUUCUCCCCGGAUGUCCGUUAUAUCCAACCAAUCUCAGGACGUCUCAUUCCAACUAACCAUGGAUGAACAGUCCAAAGUCGAGAGAGAAAUGAGCAAAAAAGAAAUCCUAGAUUUGUCACCUUCUAAAGUUGUGGUUAUUUUUAAAUGGGUGGUUACCUUGAUCUUUGCUCUGAUCGGACUUGGCUGUAUUGUUGGAAGCAGCCUUUCUUUCAUUGAGAUUGCCGCAAGACUACCUGGGGCAGAUAACAAAGAAUCGUGUUCAGCUUUUUCAACGAUACUUCUUAUUCUCUUUGUUCCAAAUGUAUUCAACCUUCUUCGGUCAUUGUGGAAUGGUUUGCGCCGACAUGACAUGCCAUGGCCAAACAAACGAGCUAUCAACUGGAUUUUUUUGACAUCUGUUUUGGAGUCGUUUGGAUUAUGUGUCUUUGCGUUCAAGAUCCUGUCUUUACAUUUGUUUGGCGUCAACGGCCUUCUUUUAUCAACAGCACUCUUCUUCAUUUUCCCAAUAACUUAUAUUCUUAGAUCCCGUGAACAAUCUGACAACCCUCGCUCUGUAAAAUUAGCUUGCUUAAUUGCAAUUUUCUUCUUGGUGCUAGCUUCACUUCUUUCAUGUAUUGGUGGUUUCAGUUUUAUGCUCAGAAACCUCAAAGAUCUAUGGCUUAUCCCGGCUGCAGUGAUCUGCCUAACCAUUGUAUGGUCACCUUUAGUACAGAAACGUUUGAUCAAUUUAAAUGAGGGUAACAAAAAACCUGAUGAUGAUCAAAAUUCACCACUCCAUGAUAUAACAGAGAAAGGGGACAUCCUGGUAACUAGGCGACCACAAUGUUCUUGGAAAUCCGCUAUCAUCCUAUCAGCAUGCCGUUUGCCUUGUAUAGUUGCAUUUUCCUUGCUGUUGCAUUUCGUCGACAGUGACAAAUACAAAAACGAGGAUGCCAUCGAAUCCUUUCGUGAUUCAUUAGACUGGCACUUUGAACACAUUGAACCCAAAAUGCUUCUUACUAAUCUAUUUUGUACGUUUGGCGGAUACUUCAUCUCCUCAAUAGCAUGUCGCAUCACCAUGCAGAGAGGAGCUUUUGUCCUGCCUCUUGUCUUAGCCACUCCGGUCAUUUUCUCAAUUUUGUCUAUUGAGACUGCAUGUAAGGAAAUAACAAGCCUACUUCAUCCAGAUAACUUACAUAUGUGUCAACACGAGAAGCUAAUGUUCAACAUCCCAGCAAUUAUCUGUGUCUUUCUAGCUUUGUGUAUUUCACUGGGAUGGAUAAUUUGGACCACGAAUACCAUCGUCUUGUGUACUGAAGCAGAGAUUUUCUGGCUUCCUACAUUUUCUGGUAUUUUGCUAAUGGAAUGGCUUUUGGUGUCAAGACGUAAUCGGCUAACAGAGCGGCGAGAGACGCCAAAGUGUGUCGCAAAGAAAAUAAAAGUUUACAUAUGUACAACGAUGUACAGGGAGACAAGGAAUGAAAUGAAGCAAUUGCUAAAAUCCAUUCAUCGGAUACAGAAAUCCUACUCUGACAAGUAUUAUGAGUCACAUAUUUUCUUUGACGGAGGCGUAAAGGAUAAAACACCAACUGACUUCGCUCUGCAGCUCAUCAGUCUACUACCAGAUACUCUAGGGUGUGAUACGUCGUGUUGUAACAGAUUUAUGACUCCGUACGGGAUGAAACUGACAUGGGAACUUUCAACAGGAGAGCCAGGUUUACAUACUGAUUUACUUAACUCGCGCAAAAUGAAAUUUGCAAUUCAUCUUAAAGACAAUAGAAAGGUAAAAAACAAAAAAAGAUGGAGCCAGAUCAUGUAUAUGUCAUAUGUACUAGAUUUCCUUGUCAAGCACAACAAUGAUUCUUCCGGAAACAAUGAAGUUGACGAUUAUAACGCUUUCAUACUGACCACGGACGCUGAUGUUGAUUUCUCGCCUAACUCUGUUGACGCUCUGUUGGAUCUUAUGAUAUGUGACAACACAGUCGGCGCCGUAUGCGCGCGCACUCAUCCAGUUGGUUUCGGUCCAUUGGUCUGGUACCAGAAAUUUGAAUACGCAAUUGGACAUUGGUUUCAGAAGGCAGCUGAGCAUGUAUUAGGCACAGUUUUGUGUGCGCCGGGCUGUUUCAGUGUCUAUAGAGUCAGGUCAAUAAGGGACAUUGUAACUACGUACGCUUCAGAAGUGGAAAAGGCCUUUGAGUUUCUCACCAAAGACAUGGGGGAAGACAGGUGGUUCUGUACCCUCUUGGUCCAAAGUGGAUGGAGGAUUGAGUAUUGUGCUACAGCGGAGAACUGGACACAUUGUCCUGAGGAGUUUGAAGAAUUCUACAAACAGAGGAGGAGGUGGAUCGCCUCAACUAUUGCUAACAUUAUGCUUCUGGUUCAGGAGUGGAAGAAGAUUAGUAUGUUUAAUUAUCGCGUAUCAUUACCAUUCCUGAUUUACCAGGCCCUUCUUCUGUUGUCCACCCUGAUCAGCCCCAGUGUCAUCGUACUGAUUGUAUCAGGUGGUUUGUUGUACGCCUGGAACCUAGAUGGGAUGUAUACCGUCGUCCUGCAGUGUCUGAUAUGCGUGAUGUUUGCGAUGUUCUGUCUAUUCUUUUCCAAUAACACUCAACUACAGAUAGCAAAGUUCCUCACGUUUCUGUACGCAUGCGUUAUGAUGGCAGUUGCUGUUGGUACGGCCCAACAAGUGGUGAAGGAUCUAGAAAAUCAUUUACAUGGCGGGAAGAUUGAUGCGUCAGAUAUCAGUGCCGACAUACAGAUAUCCAUGACCAGUCUUUAUCUAGGCAUCUUGAUCGCAUUCUUCAUACUGGCAGGACUCCUCCAUCCACGAGACUUCCUGUGUCUCCUUCACGGCUUUUGGUACCUCAUGUGUCUUCCGUCCGGAUACCUCAUCCUCAACAUCUACAGUGUGUGCAAUAUCACAGACAGAUCUUGGGGAACACGGGAGGAAAAGGAGCCAAUUUCCUUCGGUGACGUCAGAACAUGGUAUGAAAUAUUCGGAGAGAAAAUGAAAACCAUAUUUUUUUGUUGCAAGAAGGAGGCAUCUCAUCCUCAUGACUCUAAUACAUCGACUACAAAUCGGCAUCGGGAAAAUUCUUUAUCCGAAGCCAGCGACAAAAUCAACUCCAAUUUCAGGGAAUUAGUUAUUGCCGAAUCCAAGGACGAUAAAAAUUCAAAGAAAAUCGUAAAUAUCACGGACCGUGUUGCUAAGGAACAAGCCCCACAUCUUCUACCGGAACCUAUUCCCAUGACGGUGGAUCAAUGGCUUGACACUGACUUCAAGGAUGAAUAUGGACCUCUUUUCAAAAAGCACGGAUUCGACAAUACUCUGUAUAUCAGUGGGAUGAAUGAGAAAGAUUUGAAAAACAUCGGAAUCCGAAAAAAAGCUCACGUCACGUUUUUACUCGAGAUAAUACGCGAUCUCCCAGACUUCCGUAUUGAGGUCAAAGUUCCGAACAACGUGAAAGACUGGCUUCAUGAUAUUGGCCUUGAGCAGUACUUUGAUAGGUUCGAAAACAACAAAAUCAUCACUGCAAAAGAUUUGGAAGUAUUGAAAUCCUUCUCAAGGAAAGAAAUCGAAACGGAGUUAAAGAUAACUAAAGCAGGUCAUAUUGCACGACUUUUGAUGGCAAUCAAACAACUUCGAAAUCCGACCACAGAGGAGCUGAAGCGAAUAGAAGUGAAACGAGGAUUGAAUGCAUUAGCCUUCUUUGAGUUGUCGAUUAUAAACCCUGAUGAGCAUGCUUUCUGGAUCACAUUACGUGACACAUGUCUACAACCAGGAUCCGCUGCCUUCGGACACACGGAAGACCUCAUGCAAAAACUUGGAGAACUAAGGAACAAUUUUCUGAUGACCCUUGCUGUUUCUAAUAUGUUGUGGCUCAUUCUUCUGUCAACGUUGGCCUCGAAACUAGAGCUCAAGAUGUAUGGAACUGAUCCCAUAGGAUUAUUGUUCCUGAGUGUCUUUGUGUCCCUCUUUGUAAUCCAAUUUAUCGGUAUGGUAGUACAUCGCGCCAUCACAUUGGGUCACUUUUGUGCACGUGCCCCUUACAAGUUUGGACAGUCAUACAAUCGGUUAAGCGCAUGGAAACUUCGAGACAUAAAAGUGGACCUAUCGUUAAAUGACAUCAAAGCCGCUCACAAAAGGGCUUUAAGCUUUGCAAAGGAGGGAAACAUGAAAAUCAAAACAAUGUUUAAUUCUCCUCUUAACUUUUUUAGAAAGAAAAAAAACCCGAAAGCAGGAGAAGAUAUGUUGAGCCUUCUGGAAAAUAGUUAA